CUCCGAGUCUGCCGCUGCUGCCCCCCUCAUUUCAUUCUCGCUCCUGAAGAUCAGCUCUCCACAGAAAGAGGAAGCUCCGAUGGCUCUCCGCGCGCUGCUGACCAGAAAAACCCUAGCCUCCGCCCCGCGCCUCGGCGGCGCCGCCGCCGCGGCGAGCUUCCGCGGCCUCCAGACCUCCUCCCUCCCCGACCUCCCCUACGACUACGGCGCGCUCCAGCCGGCCAUCAGCGGCGAGAUCAUGCAGCUGCACCACCAGAAGCACCACCAGGCCUACGUCACCAACUACAACAAGGCGCUCGAGCAGCUCCACGACGCCAUGGGCAAGGGCGACGCGCCGGCCGUCGUCAAGCUGCAGAGCGCCAUCAAGUUCAAUGGCGGAGGUCAUGUUAAUCACUCAAUAUUCUGGAAAAAUCUUGCUCCAAUUCAGGAAGGAGGUGGUGAGCCACCAAAAGGGUCCCUCGGUUGGGCCAUCGACGAUCAUUUUCAAUCUUUAGACGCGCUCGUUCAGAAAAUGAAUGCAGAAGGUGCUGCUUUACAGGGCUCUGGAUGGGUGUGGCUUGGUGUGGACAAAGAGCUGAAGAAGUUGGUGGUUGAAACCACAUCCAAUCAGGAUCCGUUGGUGACCAAGGGACCAAGUUUAAUUCCUUUGAUUGGCAUAGAUGUGUGGGAGCAUGCAUAUUAUUUGCAGUACAAGAAUGUGAGACCAGAUUACCUGAAGAACAUAUGGAAAGUCAUUAACUGGAAAUAUGCCAGUGAAGUGUAUGAGAAAGAAUGCCCUUGAACUCUUCUUCCAUUCCCAAAAUCGUUGAUGGAAAUCUGGGAGGGAGCUCACUGAGUUGUCCCGUCGAUUCGGCCAAAAAAAAAUAGUAUGACGCAAUGUUGGGUCCCGGAAGAUGUUUUCAUUUGCAAAUAUGUAUCCUUGACCAUGGAAUAAGUUGAACUGAUGUGAAUUCUCACGGUUUCUCUGUUUUGGAACCUUGUAUUUCUGCCCUGUUCUUAAAAUGGGUGACCGUAAACCUUUGUGUUCAUCAGGUCUCAUGAAUUAUGAAGAAGUUUUGUGAUGCA